AUGCAUCCUUCUCAGGUUGACACGGGCUCCCAAGGCAGAUCAUGCGAGUCGGCACGCCAACCUAAUUUGACUGACAGGCGAAUAGAGAGCCCAAAGGCUUUCCUGGCGACCUGUCAACAAUCUCCUUCCAGGGCACGGCAGCGUCAAAUCCAGGCCGGACGCGAGGGCCAGGUGACGAGGAAGUGUGGGGAAGAGAGGGCCGGCAGCGUGCGUCUGUCUCUUCGCACGUCUCCAGUGCAACCGCCGACGCCAAAUGCACCUCAGGGCCGGCUGGCCGACGAGCCAUCCAUCAUGGCCGACGGCAUCCCGCGUGGAGGCGCCUGGCUGAUGCAUCAACCAUCAGCCAUGGCUCGCUCGUCGGUCGCUGAUGCGGCCAUGGCUCGCCCAUGGCUGCCUUAUUAG